GAGAGGUCGCCUGAGACGCUUCCCGCCGCUCGUUGCGGUCGCUCGUACGUCGCAGACCGUGAUAUCGCUCGCUGACGUCCAAGACGAUGAUCCCUAGGAGAGCCCUGAUUGUGGGCCGCCAGCAUUAUGCUCAUGCGCUGUCUACUCGCGCGUCGACAAUACUCUCCGCUGUUGGGAUCCCUGCCGAGAGCGAGCUGCCCGGGGUAUACCACGGAGAGUGGGUGGGUUCUGGAGACGUCCUCGAGAGCGUAUGUCCGACGACUGGUGAGGUUCUCGCGCGCGUUCGUUCUGCGUCCCCUCAGGAACUUCAGACGGCCCUAGGAAAGUCUAGAGAGGCGUAUACAUGGUUCCGGAUGCUGCCAGCGCCCAAAAGGGGUGAAAUACUCCGCCAAAUUCGAGAGGCUUUGGCGGCGAAGCGCGAUGAGCUGGGUGCGCUUGUAUCCCUCGAGAUGGGGAAAAUCAAGACCGAAGGCACAGGCGAGGUGCAAGAGUUCAUUGACAUAGCCGACUAUGCUGUGGGCCUGUCACGAAUGAUGAAUGGCCGAGUCGUUGCCUCAGAAAGACCAGGCCACAGUAUCCUGGAGGUCCCCAACCCUCUGGGUGUCAUCGCGGUCCUCUCAGCGUUCAACUUCCCAGUCGCGGUCUAUGGAUGGAAUCUUGCUCUCUCAUUCGCUGCCGGAAACGCCACGCUCUGGAAGCCAUCUCCGAGUACCCCGCUCUGUUCGAUCGCCGUCACGAAGAUUAUCUCCGGAGUACUGGAGAACAACGGCGUCCCAGGCGCUGUGGCAGGUCUGGUCACUGGAGGGAAGGAUGUUGGCGAAGCUGUCAUUGAAAGCAAAGACGUUGACAUGGUGUCCUUCACAGGUAGUGAAGCUGUCGGCCGACAAGUAGGCAAGGUUGUCCAAAGUCGCUUCGGGAAAGUAUUGCUCGAGCUCGGAGGAAACAACGCGGCGAUCAUCAUGCCGGAUGCCGACCUCGACCUCGCCGUGCCCGCCGUCUUCUUCGGCGCUGUCGGGACCGCCGGGCAGCGCUGCACCACCACGAGAAGGCUCUACCUGCACCGGCACAUCGCCCCUGCGUUCAUCGAACGUCUGCAGAAGCUCUACUCGUCCAUCCGUCCGGGGGAUCCGCUCGAACAGGGCACCCUUCUCGGGCCUCUGCACACACGUGCCGCGGUAGGUAUCUACUCUGGCGCCGUCGACCGUCUGCGCAAGGAGGGCGCCCAGAUCCUAUCAGGUGGUUCCUCGUACCAAGGCCUCGCGAAGCCACUCGACGGCGGCAACUUCGUGAUGCCGACAAUUGCGGUGCCAAAGUCGGUCAACAUCAAGGACGCUGUGUGGAGCCAGGAGACUUUUGCGCCUGUGUUAUGCGUCGGUGUGUUCGACGAACUCGAGCAGGCGAUUGCUUGGAACAACGGCGUUCCCCAGGGCUUGAGCAGCAGCCUGUGGACCAGGGACCUCCGCAAUGUUGGCAAGUGGAUUGGGCCAGCAGGCUCUGACGCAGGUAUCGUCAAUGUCAAUGUCGGUACGAGCGGUGCUGAAAUCGGAGCCGCGUUCGGAGGAAACAAGAGCACCGGAUGGGGUCGUGAGUCGGGCGGCGAUGCUUGGAAAGAAUACGUCCGGUGGGGCGCUUGCACCAUCAAUUUCUCAGACGAGGCGCCGUUGGCUCAAGGCGUGCAGUUCUCUUCCACCGCAUGAGGCUCUGCCAAUACCCAUUCCACCCUGGCCAGGACGCCUUCAGGUUCUGAGAUUGAAUGAGGAUGCGCACACGGCGCUCCGUGCAGUCGAGCGACCACGACUCUUCGGCCUGCAUGCAAUGUGACAUACGUGCAUUCGGUGGCAUGACAUACAGUACAUGUUGUCUGAGCCGUCGGCAAUACCUUGGUCGUCGGUUUGACGGACUCGUACUUACCAGGGGCGAGGUGGAACUUCAUUGUUACCAUAAUUGUACAUUAGCAGCUCUUGGAAUGGAUCUCGAUGGGACACGUGAUGAGAGGCCAAGCGAGGCACCCGGCAGCCGGGCAGGACUCC